AAAAGUAAAUAAGCAGUUGCAGGUGAAUAAAACAGUUGAUGGGUCAAAAUUGACAGAAAUUUUAAAAUGGAGGUGAAAACGAGCUUGUUUUGCAUCGGAAUCUUCUUGAGCAUCCUUCACCCUCAUUCUGUUCAAGCACUCACUGUCUUCCCAGGAGUCAACUUUCAACAUCCUAUCCUAAGGACAGACUACUUUGAUGAGUAUUCACUUGAUUCUGAUGAUACAAUAAUCUUUCGACCAUCCCUGGUUACUAAGCCUAGUCUACCGAGUUGGAUAAAGUUUAUCCAACCUGCUGAGAGCUCAGAUGGAUACCUGUAUGGAACACCCCAAGGCUCCAACAUUGGACAAUUCAAUCUUGAGAUCAUAGGUCUUAACUCCAGAACUUACGAGAGUGCUAGAAAGGUUGUUCAGAUGACCGUAGAAGAGGACACAGAAACCACUUCUAUAAAGUACCUGGCAGAUUUCUUCGUCACCAACCUGAACCUAGCAGACAUUCUCGACACCCAGCUCCAAGAUGACUUCAGGUCAGCGGUCGAUGCAAUCAUGGGUCAAAGGUCAGAGGUCAUCAUCCACUCACUUACCUCUGCACAGGACCUGGGACUUCGGGUGCCCCUCAAUCCUCAGCCCGACCAGAAAUACGGGGUAAGAGUGACCAUUGGAGCACAAGAAGAAUCAGAAACCCUAGCCAAUGUGAUAUCAAAUUCUGUCGGUCCCUGCCAGCAAGAUACCGCAUACACCCCUCCAGAGGUCGAUGGUUUCUUCCAGCCUGCAUUCAUCAUUGACUGGUGCAGUGUUUCCAUGACCGCAGUACCUCCAUCACAACCCCAGAAUGAAUCAACUCCCGUUUUCUUGGGAGGGAUGUACGAUCCCCCUGCCAUGCAAACUGAAGAUAGCGAUCGUUUUCUAGAGUUCCUAUUACUGGUGGUUGUCCCGUGUGCCAUCAUGUUCUGUUCUAUGCUUGUCUUGGGCUACCUCAUGUGCUGCGGGCGGAGCAGACGGAAGGAACUGGCCAGCACAUCUGAGCUGCAGCUGACCCAUCACAGGACCCUCCGUCAGGCCUGUCGCGACCUCCGUACGAUGUCCAACCGACGCGACGGUACCGCUUCCGUGGCAACACUCACUCCGAUAGGCACUCCAACGGUCGGAAGUCAAAGAUCACACUCCCGCUCAAGGGGAUAUGAUGAGUACCCGUGGGCUAGCAGUACCCCUCAAGUGAACCAUCGAGGUAUGGCUACCCCACCCCCAUACCGGACACCACCCCACCCUCAUAAACAUCGGGAGACAAGCUUCAGUAACCAAGCAUCAGACAAGAGACGAUUAUCCGAACCAUCGAAUGCUAGAGGUGGAGAGUUACCCUCUAUGCGCCCUGUGCCACCGUUCAUGGGAAGCACCACAUCAGAUCGAGGAGCACCACGCCCAAGACAUGUCUGAAAGGGUCCCGUCUAUCGCACUGUCACAGCAUGCUCAUUUAUCAGGUUGUUCACAUUGGUGUGAAUGAUAGUUGAUACUCAUAAAUCUGAUGUUCGGAUCACUUUUAUUUAUUAGAUGGUGGACAUAUCACACGGCUAAUCUUAUGCACAUCAAUUGAUGUUAUGUAGUUGUCUUUGUAGUUGUUUAUAGAAGAGGCAAAAUAGACAUGAUUAUAGUAUUAUUAGGCUUGUAAGGUUAUAGAGGCAACACAUUUUUUAGAAGUGUGCUUCAGUCAUCUCAGAAAGCCGAAGUAUCAAAUUUGAGUUUUUGUGCAUAUGCCUUUCAUUGAUUACAACAUUUAUUUUAGAUAUUGGACAUUUUCAAGGAAAUAAUUAGAUGAUAUAUCAAUGCUCUGUCCUUCCCACAAGAUUAUCAGUGGUCAAUUUAUGAUCAUUUGAUUGUGUGUCGACCCAAUAAUAAUAAUAAUGAUAAUAAUAAGCCACAAGAUCCUCAAAUUCUGGCUUUCUACAUGUUUCAAUUCCCAAUAACUCAUGGGGAAGGUUUUGAUCCUGCUGGACCUACCCUGUGGAACUCACUUCCACAGGUUUUCAAAAAUGUCCUUUCAGAGCAACCUGGGGCCGAUUGCACGAAAGGGUCUUUCCAAGGACCGUCUUUCGUGUCGCCCAUCUUUUAUGAAAAGCUGUAUGGGGGAUAUUUCUGAAAUGUAUGAUAAGCAAAUGAAAUUCUUUAGCCAGCAUUUAAAUCAAUUUGUAUACGAUUUAAUGAUAUAUCACAUCAUUUUAUAAACAAAGAUUUUGUUAACUUUAACGGAUGAAUAAAAUGUGUUUGCAGGUAAUUUAUUUAAAAUGCGUUUCACAUGGCGCAUCAUAAUAAAUGGGCGACACGAAAGACAGUUCUUGCAAAGACCCUUUCGUGCAAUCGGCCCCUGAAGACUUUGGGGUUUUUCAACAUGCAUUUGAAUGACAUUUUCCUCUCUCUCCUCCUCCUUUUCUUCUUUUCUCUCUUUGUCUUUAGAUGACUCUUUAAAGUGUAAAUGGCCCUAUAGAAAU